AUGCCUUCCCCCGAUCUCCUCUGUCGGUCGUGCUUUGCUCUGCUUCUCGAGCUCGACGGUCUGACGCCUGCUCGGCUGCUCGUGGACGCCGCCGACAGAUCUAGACUGGCUGCUCGUUGCGCUGGUGCUCGCUGGCCGCUGCCCUGCUGGCCGCUGCGUCGAUGGCCGGUGCUCGUUGCGCUGCUGCUCGCUGCGUCGAUGGCAGCUGUUCUUCCUCUUCGCGAAGACGCCAACGAAGGAAUGCCUGGAAUGGAACUGAACUGUAGAGGGCAGAGGCGGUCGAUUUUGGAAAUUGGAAUGGAACCCUAG